CUGAUGUGUGUUGUGCGGGAGACACACUGGAUGCGGUUAUCCGUCUUCUAACGGCGACAGUCAGCCAGCGGAUUAAUCCGUGAAAACGGUUGUUGAACAUCGACCGCGAGCUCCUCGACUAUGUGCUGUUGUCGAUUUGACGCGAGACGGCUCCAAGGAGGCGAUUCCAUGAAACCAUGAGUCCUCCAGCUCCGCCCGUGGUGUUCUGCUGUUGUCACAGGAAAAUCUGGUUACAUUCAGCGGCGGGAGGCAAACACUCUAUUUUUCACCCAGUUAUCAUCUUGGCCCGGAUGCUACGGAAGGACGCGCAGAAUGAAUAGAUACACAACGAUCAGGCAGCUCGGGGAUGGAACCUAUGGCUCCGUCAUCCUCGGCCGCAGUCUGGAGUCAGGAGAGCUGGUGGCCAUAAAGAAAAUGAAAAGAAAAUUUUACUCCUGGGAAGAAUGCAUGAACCUUCGUGAAGUCAAGUCCUUAAAGAAACUCAACCAUGCCAAUGUAAUCAAACUUAAGGAGGUGAUUCGAGAAAAUGAUCACUUGUACUUCGUAUUUGAGUACAUGAAGGAAAAUCUGUAUCAGCUGAUGAAAGACAGGACUCGAUUGUUUCCUGAAUCUGCUGUGAGAAAUAUUAUGUUUCAGAUAUUACAAGGGCUCACGUUCAUCCAAAAACACGGGUUUUUUCACAGGGACAUGAAGCCUGAGAAUCUUCUGUGCAUGGGCCCAGAGCUGGUGAAAAUAGCUGACUUUGGGCUUGCCCGUGAAAUCAGAUCUCGACCCCCAUACACAGACUAUGUCUCGACGAGAUGGUACAGAGCCCCAGAGGUGCUCCUCAGAUCCACCUCCUACAGUUCACCCAUAGACCAGUGGGCAGUCGGCUGCAUCAUGGCAGAGCUUUAUACCCUCAGGCCUCUUUUCCCAGGCUCCAGUGAAGUAGACACCAUAUUCAAAGUGUGCCAAGUCCUGGGUACGCCAAAGAAGAACGAUUGGCCGGAGGGAUACCAUCUGGCAAGUGCAAUGAAUUUCCGUUGGCCUCAGUGUGUUCCCAGUAAUCUAAAGACCCUAAUCCCAAAUGCCAGUCCUGAAGCCAUUCAUCUGAUGACAGACCUGCUCCAGUGGGAUCCCAAGAAGAGACCAGCGUCGGCCCAGGCUCUCAGGUACUCUUACUUCUACGUGGGCCAGGCGUUGGGCACUCCGCAACAGAUCCUGGAGCAUGGCCGACCUCAGCCAGGCAGUGUGCCGCUGCAGGCUCCUUUCCAGUCACAGCAGCAGCUGCCGCUGCUUCAACCUGUGCCCCCCUCCCAGCCCCCACCUCCAAACCAACACUGCUCCCAGCAGAUCCAGCCCUCCCCUGUGUCUGCAGCAUCGUACCAACGGCACACAGAGCUGGUGCGAGAGCAGCAAUCGAAGCCCAUCCUAAAGCAGGAACAGGCCGGAGGAACACCACGAAGCCAUCUUCCUUACAUUGGUGACAAGAGUCUGCAGAGCAAACAAACAAGACAGGAGACAGAGAAAGCAAACCCUCUGAACUAUCAGUUGAAACCUAAAGGCGGGCGGCGGCGCUGGGGCCACGCCACAGGACACCCGAAGGGUGAAGACUACGAAGAAACCGAUCUGACAUCCAUCAGUAUUCUCGGAAAAAGUAACUUCUCCACAGAGAAGUCGAGGCAGGGGGAGGACGCACUGAGCAGAUAUGGAAAUGUUCUGGAUUUCAGUCGACCCAACGGAAAGGAAGAUGCACCUUUAAACCUGAACAAGAGUCCAGCCCACCAGGCGCCACCGAGAACCGCGUCUGCCAAACAACAUUACUUGAGGCAGUCGAGAUAUUUACCUGGCAUUAGCACAAAGAAGAACGUGACCAUGAAUACCAGCAAAGACUUCACUGGAAGCCAUCUUUGGGGCAACAGCAGUAUUCCAUUUGGAGGGACUCUGCCGAGCAGAGGCGCUCACGGAACAAAUACAAUCUCGGGUGGAUACAUGCCAUCGUUUUACAAAAAAGACCUCGGGUCAGCCGAUCACAGAGGGCACCAGAGUCCUUCGGUGGAAUCGACAGCAUCAAAUUAUGCAACAUGGCAGUCAGGCCGGAGUCCGAUGAACACCUCUCCCAACACGCCAAUGACCAACAAGAGCACGCCGGGUCUGCUGCCCCGGCCGCCGGUCCAGUCCAUCCACGGGCGAACGGACUGGUCUGCCAAAUAUGGACACCGCUAGUGCCCUGCCUGGAGCUCUGACCUGUGCUCCUAAGACUUUCACCUCCAAAGAGUAGGCCUAGUUGUUUUAUAAUAUAAAUCUGUGCAUACAUCUUACAGAGCAAUAAUUUUGUUUUUCAUUAUGUGUACUAUGGAUGUUGUGAAUUGUAAAAUAUCUAAGUAUAUGUGUAUAUUUAAAUGCAACCGGCCAACAUUUUAGCCCAUAUUUGCUCCCUGUGUUUUUAUUUUGUAUUACUGUAACAUAGCUAAUGUUCGACAGAGGUCACAACCUCAGUUUUGUAUUAGAUUUGUCAUUCAAUGUUCACCAGCCUGUUUACAUAAUAUGCAUAUUAUAAUUUUUGUAUAUCUUCACUGUGACUUGUUUUGGCUACAACUAAUUACUUUGCCUCUGUAAAGUUCAGUCUUUUUUUAAAUAUAUAUUUUAUUUUUUUAACAUUGCUGCUGUUAUUGUUUUGUGAGGUGUGCAUUAUAAUGAAUACGAUGCAGGUGGUUGCGACACUGCUUAAAUGUGUUCUAGUUUCUAAAGUAUAAUUAUCCAAGUUCAAACGAGCUACCCCCCCUCCCCCUUGGCCAAACUGAGCGUGAUUAUUGAAUUGCCAGUUGUUGAGUAUAAAUAAACCUUUGACUGGGUA